AUGCAGUCUGACGGUGAAGAAAGUUUGCUGCAUUCAUGCUUCGGCUCAUUGAGAAGCGCAGUCAUGGGUUGCUGUUAUAGUAUCUGCCACAAAGAGACCGAUCCGCAGGAAAAUAUAAUAAAUGAGAGGACCCAUCUCUUAGAAGUACCAGAGCAGCAACAAGAGACUCCUUCGCCGACGGCAUGUGCUUCAACCCCCCCUCGCAAACCCGAUGAACAGAGUGCAUUGAGUAGAAUACUGCACGAAACUGCUACUAAUGUAAUCGACGUUAGCGCACUAGGCCCGUACUCGUUAGAAGCGGGUGCAUACAGUGAACGAGUGAGAGCGUACACAGCGAGGGCUGCUACGGCGACCCUACCAGCACCUGCUCAGGCCAGGCUGCUGGCAGACCUGCCUCCAGCUGUCAGGAGGCAGGUGUUGGUUGCACCUCCUAUCUCAUAUAGUGAUAAGGAUUUGAUAACGAAUGCAGUGAAAAAAGCCGCGUCAGCCAUUUCUGAGCUGCGCGUGGAACACCAUGAGGACCUGGUGGUGCCCUUCAGGGUUCCA